GCGCAUUUAUUCAGUAGCAGCAGAGGCGAGCGCGGCACAUAAACUGGGAGAGAGGCGGCGCGAGUUUGCUUUUAGCAGUUGUCAGAUUUGCAAUUGGAUUUGUUUGAAUAUAGUUGCCGUUUCGGAGCAAAUGAGAACGGGAAAGAGAGAAUAUUAAGAAGCGAGGAGAGCUCAGCCGUUCAGUCUGAGCGUCUGAUCCGACCGUGUGUGCACAGUUACAGAUAGGCGACACUAGAUUUGUAUCGCUUUUCAUUGUUUUUGCCCCCCUCCUCCUCUUUUUUUUCUUUUUUUAUUCUAUUCGCAUGGAAUUUAUCAAGAGCAACCGACGCUGUUUGAUCGCUAUUUGUUUGCGCUGCACUUCAGUCCGGAUAGGGGUUUCUCGUCGUGUUUAUCGCCGUAUUCCGUGUGUGAAUUAUUAUUGAUAGGAGGGAGAAAACGCGCAGACGGCAAUUCAUCUUUCCAGGGUUUCGGUUUAUCGAGGCGUAGUCUAGUCAACCGCGCGUUUCAAAGCCAUUUCCAGGAGAAGCUGUGAGCACACCGAGCGGUGCAGCCUGCUGGAGCCGAGGACGGAUCGCCCGAGGAAGGACUCCUCGUUCCUCAGGACGAUGGUGUUGGACAAGGAAGAGGGUGUGCCGAUGCUCUCCGUCCAGCCCAAAGGGAAACAGAAGGGGUGUGCUGGCUGCAAUCGCAAGAUUAAAGACCGCUACCUGCUCAAGGCCCUGGACAAAUACUGGCAUGAGGACUGUCUCAAAUGUGCCUGCUGCGACUGCCGCCUGGGGGAGGUGGGCUCCACCCUCUAUACGAAAGCCAACCUCAUCCUCUGUCGCAGGGACUACCUGAGGCUCUUUGGUACAACGGGGAACUGUGCAGCCUGCAGUAAACUGAUCCCAGCCUUUGAAAUGGUGAUGAGAGCCAGAGAUAAUGUUUACCAUUUGGACUGUUUUGCCUGUCAGCUUUGUAACCAGAGGUUUUGCGUCGGGGACAAGUUUUUCCUAAAAAACAACAUGAUUUUGUGUCAAAUGGACUAUGAGGAAGGUCAGCUGAAUGGGAGCUUUGAGACACAGGUCCAAUAGUUGGACCCCGACGGCAGCAACAACCGGCUCCACACGUUACACACGAGAUGGAUGUUCCGCUGCACUUGGAAAAAAGACAAGCGUCUGUCUGCUUGCCUGCAAUACUUUUUAAGACCCCUUUAUCAGUCCCUAAGGACUCUAUUGUAAAUGUUAAACUUUUUGCCCCUCCCACAUCCCCCCCUCAACACUGAGCAGUUACAAAUUUUGAUGUACAGUUGUGCCUGCUUAGCUGAGCACUGUAUUGCUUGUAUGUUUUGUGAAAUUUGUUUCAGGUUUGUUUUCUUUUUCUUUAAGAAAUGGUUCACUGGAGGGUAUGUACAGUCUGUUUUCUCUGUAUAUAUAAACUGGAACAUUUAUUUUAUGAAAUGUAAUGCAAUUUUAUUACUAGUGUGAAUUAAAGAUUCUUAAAUGUUCAUAGUGAGUUUUUUUUUUCUCUUACCAAAAACCAAAGUUGUUGUUGGAAGGAGUUGGCCCACGUGUUGAUAUGUAAUCAUGUAUCAGAAAACUGCAAUGCUGUAAAGAGCCCUGCAGGCGAGAAAAAAAAUAUUUGAAGUCCUCUUUAAAACAUGAUGCAACGAAACAAGUUUUAUUACAUUUUGCAGAGGUCUGAUGGAAUUAGAAAUGCUGUUUAAAAUGAACUAAAUAAGAUUUUAUUUGGAAUAAAAGAAUGCUUCUCCAAAACCGUGUUGUUGUGAGCGUGCAGGUGUCAUGAAAGGGGGCUGAGAUAAGCUGAGCUGCUCUGUGUGAUUCAUGCUUCACUAAUUGCCAUCUGAUUAUGAGGGUGAAUUGGCCUGGAAAUGAAAUGCAACAGCAAAUAAAUUAGAGAGAAAAUAAAUGCUCAUUGAGUUUGAGCUCAUUCAAACUCAUCAGCUACACAAGUGCAGAGCUGUAUUAAAGGGUACUUUCCCCAGAAGACUGUUAAU